AUGCCCUUGCCCGUCUUCUCACAGCAGCUGCCGGCUGAACAGGUGCAGGGGCAAGCUUUUCGUCCCUUCUUCACAGGACCUCCUAGCGCGGCACCCACGCUCGCAUAUGGAUCGCCCGCCGUCGCUGCUACUCAAGUCUCUAAUGUGAACAUCAAGCGCUCAGCUUCGCAGACUCCUUUGGUUGGAGAGUCGCCUGCGAAGAAGCAAUCUAAAUGGAACAAAGACGACGAUGUGAUUAUCACCGAACUUCGAGGCAGUGGCAUGAAGUGGGAGGACAUCUCGAAACGCUUCCCUGGACGAAGCGCGAUGAGUUGCCGGUUGAGGUACCAAAACUACAUCGAACGGCGCAAUGAGUGGGAUGAUGAGAAGAAGAACAAGCUGGCGAGGCUGUACGAGAGGUUCAAGAAGGAGAUGUGGGAAGGCAUCGCCAAAGAAAUGGGCGUCCCAUGGCGCACAGCCGAAGCAAUGCACUGGCAGCUGGGCGAGCUCCAGAUGGCCGAGCGUGCCAAUGUGCCUCUGUUUCAGAUGGCCGCCAGCACCACCAACCCUCUAGCAUCAGCACCACCGCCGGCCACUGUUAACCACCAAGGUCUCGGUUAUCCGCUACCGCAGACUCAACCUAUGCAGCCACAGGCGCAGCCGCGACCACCUGCUGGCAGGAGAAACAGCGCGGCAAGCGGCGGCCGCAGACGAGCCGACAGCGCGAAGAGUGGCGCGCCGCCAUCGUCAACUUUAGCAGCGGUCCCGGAAGCUCUGGCCUCACAGCGGGCCAGCACCGCUCCGACACCGACUUCACAGAUAGGACCGGACGACCCGACCUCGGCGUCAGGCCCGUUCCCGGCCGAGAUGAAGCAGGAGAGGGCCUCGAGGAGCCCGUCACAGCAGUACCGGCCACUGCGUCCGGCAGAAGCCACCGGAACCGACACCAGCGAGGAAGAAGGAAGGCGGCAGUAA